CGAGGUUGAAGGAGUUUUGCUGUGCGUUUCUGAAGACGGGACAGUGAGGCAACAUGUCCCGGCAAACCAACAGAGGCACCGAGAGCAAAAAGAUGAACUCUGAGCUCUUCACUCUGACAUAUGGGGCUCUUGUCACCCAGUUGUGCAAAGACUAUGAAAAUGAUGAAGACGUCAACAAGCAGCUGGAAAAAAUGGGAUACAACAUAGGUGUAAGGCUCAUAGAAGAUUUUUUGGCCCGGUCAAGUAUUGGGAGGUGUCAUGAUUUUCGGGAAACAGCUGAUGUUAUAGCAAAGGUGGCCUUUAAAAUGUAUCUGGGGAUCACACCUACUAUCACAAACUGGAGUCCUGCAGGAGAUGAAUUCUCCCUCAUCCUGGAGAACAACCCUCUGGUAGACUUUGUUGAGUUGCCAGACAACCAUUCCACUUUGGUCUAUUCUAACUUGCUAUGCGGGGUACUGCGGGGAGCCCUGGAAAUGGUGCAAAUGGCAGUGGAUGUGAAGUUUGCCCAGGACACACUGAAAGGUGAUAGCGUGACAGAAAUUAGAAUGAAGUUCAUCAGAAGGAUUGAGGAUAACCUACCAGCUGGGGAAGAGUGAUUGGAAAAGCAACAGUUACCUUCACAAAAGUCACAUUUCCUGAUUUAGGAUUCUUUUUUUUGCCCUGGUAUAUAGGGCAUUUAGGCAGAAUUGCAGAUUCUGCAAACAACUUGACCUUAUCAUUUUUGUUUUUUUACUUUUUACAGACUUCAUUGUAAAUUCUCUUUGCACUGGAAUUGUGGUGCACAUUAACAUUUUUAAGACCAAUUCAAAUGGGAAUUUUCACUGCAAAUGAAUGCAGUCGGUCUGAACUAUUUCUAUCUGUUUUUCAAGAAAAAGGUUUAUUUCUCAAUUGACUAUCAAUUAUCCCGGAAGUACCCAGGUUGUUUACCUCCCUCAACUUCAUAGAUUUACCACCCUCUGCUUGUUUUUUUUUUAUUACAGCUUUAGAAAUCCCAAGCCACUUAUUCAGUAGUAAUCAUAUUCAAAAUGAUAUUGUCAUCUUGUGAUUUAUCUUCCCAUGGUGCGGAGAAACCCCUUACUAGCUGAUAUACCUAGAAUGCAGUAUAGUCACAUUAAAUCCAUUUUAGAUUUGCAGAUGAAACCAAAACACAAGAACACAGGGCCACUUUAAAGUUCUGCUUCAGUGAAGUCCAUUUAAUAAUUUAGGACUUCACAAAAUAAGCAUUUUUACCAUGUGUAUAUUGUGUUGAUUUUCAUUGUGUUUGCAUGAUAUGGCAUUUUGAGGAGUCAAGCCAGUACUAGCUUCCAGCUCUUAUGUACAUUGCCCAUAUCUACUCUGUUAAUGGCAUAGCAUUAUUCCAGUGCUCAAGUAGUGCUUGAAACCAGCACUGCCCAGUCUCCUCCUGAUGUUAUGUUGUAUUGCUCUGAAUUAGGGUAGUGUUUCUCUGUGGGUAUGUACUGAACCCAAUGGUCAGGUAGUCGCUUUCUUCCGAUGCAAAUGUAAUGAAUAGUUUUAUCUCUGAAGGUGAACGUCCGCUUUAAAUUCUUAUAAAUGAUUUACUGAUAUUAGCAACUUAAAACUGAAGUACAGAAUAAUUUAACACACUCCUUUAUCUAACAAUUUAUGAUGUAAGGGAGUUGCUGCAUGGCAGUACUGAAAAAUCUUUCUAGUAUUUACAGUUAAAGGGCAAUUAAAUGUUUAUUGUUUUCCUACAUAGGGCUGCUGGCCAACAAACUGUAAAGUAGGCCUUUGAUGAGAAGACACAAAUUUAAAUCCUCCACGGGGGUUCCCCAGUCAUUCCCAUGUUUGUAAAACAUAAAUGAAAUUCUUUGUCCCCAAUAUAAUCUUGCACGCUUGCUUGAAAUCAUAUGUCUACAUGUGUGUGCUUAUGGUUUCAAACAAACCAAAUGCCAGGAGAACUCCAUACAGGAGAUAUUGCUAUGUUAUUCUUUGUUGCAGGGCUCCUGUAUUCCCUGUUUUAUAUUGUAGUCCUGUAUAAAGAGUGGAUACAACAGGCAAGAUUAAGCUUUUGCUAUUUAUAAGUGCAAUAGAUUACUUCUUUCUGUAUAUGUAUAUGUACAUGUAUAUGUGUAGGAGGUGUCAGAUUUCCUUCCAAGGCAUUAUUUAUUUUUUUUCUUAACCAGCAAUGACAAAAGACCAUCAGUUCUUCGAGGUUUGUUCCCAUCCUCUUACAGAUUUACAAGUAUACAGAAAGAAAAUGUUUUGUGAACAUUGAUCUAUGCCUUAUGACAUGUUUAAUUGUGUAAAGCGAAUGUACAAUAAGCUCAAAUACAAGCAGGAAGGCGAUUAUGUACCAUUCAUGUGAGAGGUGUGGGAUAGAGAUUUUCUUUAUCCCUUGUGCUGGAACCUAUGCAAGACAUGAGUUCAAGCAGGCGUGUGUAAUGCUUCAUAUACAAACUGUAAUGUAAAUUUUCAUGGACGUGUGGAGUCUUAUCUAAACAUGUGCCCUUUAAUCAUCUCUUGUAUGUAUGCAUAAUGAGUAUUCUUAAAAUACCAGUGCUUUAACAUGCACAGAGAGAACAAAUAUGUCAGCAGACUGUGGGAAUCUAAUACCAAAAGCUGUUACAAGUGCUUUGGGACCUUUCAAGCUGUCCAUGUUUAAAAUGUCAACAUCUUCUCUUGUUUUGUCUCAUUCUGAGUUGUAUAUAGUUAACAAUGGUGAUAAACUUUAAUAAAUAACUUUUAAAUUAUA